CUCCAAGGCCCGCCGUACCCUCUGCUCCGUGCCAUGCCAUGUUGUGUAUGUCUGGGCACCGAACAGACAUCCAGGCCCGUAGAAAUUAGGAUGCCGAUGCUGGAAUGAAGGUGUGAGCUAGGCUCUCACCCCGUACCUAAGUCGCCCUGAUGAGAUUUGCCGAUAUCCUCAUCGACCUGGCCGCUGUCGUCAAAGCUUCUCGGGCCGUCGCAUCGAGACACGGCGAGCUCCGGGCUCGGCAGAUCGAUCAUUAUGGCAAGACCUCAUCCAUUGUGCGGUCUCUAAGGGAGAACCUCUCACACGACCCCUCAUCCCGCUCGAGGCCAGAAACCUCCGAGGUCUCUCCUACCGCUAGCCAGGAGCAGCCGGUCGAUGCGCGUUCGGGGCCAAGCUCGGUUCCACCGAAACCCGAAGACGUCGAAUCCAGUACACUAGAUCCUGUACCUAACAGCCCUCGAGGGGAUAUCAAGUCUGCGGCCUUAGAGCAGAAAACCGCGUCUGGGGAUCUCAUCAGGGGGACCCCGCCGAUUAACGCAACAACUACUCAGCCUCCCUCAGCCCUGCCGUCAGAUCAAAGUGAAAUACUAGCACAGCUGAGAAGGAGCGGCAAUGCGCUUAGGAAACGAGACGAUGUUAUUGUCAACCCAACGCUCCCAAGUUCUCCGGUCAAGUCAGCACCUACAUUUACAGCAAGCCUAGCAGCUGACGAAGAGAUUCCUCCGGACGUGGAUAUCAAUAUAUUCCGCACGAGCCGCGGAUCACAGAGUCUGAAAGCGGAGCUGGGUAGCGAUGUACGGGCUAAACGGCCUAAUUCCCCGUCCUCCUCUCCUCGGUGGUUCAAGGACUUCGGGCAUGGGGAAUCACGGUCUCGAGAAGAGAAGAGUGUGCCGAUUUCGUCUUCCGAUACUACUACUAGGCUGCCACCGAGCGAUUCAACCGUAAGGGAAGGUGUUAAAGGUAACGGUGUGGUUAUGGAGGAGAUAGACAACGAAAAAAAGACUACGAAUAGACCAACUGGUCGAGAUGAUGCGCGGACGACAAAUACGGUGUUGUUGAAACCGGAAACGAAACUAGACGAACCACCGAUCGCAACAGCCGAGACGCAGUCGACACCGAGUGACGAGCUGGCAAAGCCAGCUUAUGCUUUACGCGAAUCCAAGGUACCAGCUUCCCGCCUGAGUCGAUUAUGGAAUUACGGGGGUCUAGCUGCCGGAAUGCUCGGCGGAGCCAUCAGCGAAGGGCUCAGCAGGGGAUUUGGUGCCAGCAAUGAGGGAUCUGUCUUGCUAAACCCCGGCAACAUGGAGCGGCUUGUCGCCAGGCUCUCGCGGAUGAGAGGGGCGGCGCUGAAGAUUGGCCAGAUGAUGAGCUUCCAAGACUCGAAGAUGCUCCCGGCGCCGAUUCAGGAGGUCUUACAGCGAGUGCAAGACCGGGCAGACUACAUGCCCGCGUGGCAACGCGACCGCGUGCUUACGUCUAAUCUCGGCGCUGACUGGCGGGACCUGUUCGACGAAUUCGAGGAAAAGCCCAUCGCGGCAGCGUCGAUUGGCCAGGUGCACCGCGCCACGCUACGGUCGACGGGCCAAAAGGUCGCCGUCAAGGUCCAAUUCCCCGGCGUCGCCGACUCGAUCAACUCGGACCUCGAUAACCUGUCUAUCCUGCUGACCGCAUCCAAGAUGCUGCCCAAGGGCUUGUAUCUCAACAAGACGAUCGAUAACGCGCGCACCGAGCUCGGCUGGGAGUGCGACUACGAACGCGAGGCUGCGUGCGGCCGCCGGUAUCGCGAGCUGCUCGCGGACGAACCUGACAUCUUCGCUGUGCCGCAUAUCUUCGACGAGGCGUCGGGGAAGCACGUGCUGACGAUGGAGUUCAUGGAAGGGGUUGGCGUGACGCGCCCGCGUAGUAGCGCCGCCCCGCUGACGCAGGACGAGCGCGACUGGAUCGGCACGCAGAUCCUACGGCUAUGCUUGCGCGAGAUCGCCGAGUUCCGCUUCAUGCAGACGGACCCGAACUGGACCAACUUCCUGUACAACGGGGCGACGGGGCGGCUCGAGCUGCUCGACUUCGGCGCCGCGCGCGAGUUCCCGGAGGCUUUCGUCGCGCAGUACGUGGCGCUGCUGGCGGCGGCGGCGCGCGGGGACCGCGAGGCGGUGCGCGAGCUCUCGGCGCGUCUCGGCUACCUGACGGGCCACGAGAGCCGCGCGAUGCUCGAGGCCCACACCGAGUCCGUGCUGACGCUCGCGGAGCCGUUCCGCGACGGGGGCGGCGGUGGCAGCGCGCCGGCGCGCGUCUACGACUUCCGCGGCCAGACCAUCACCGACCGCGUCCGCGCGCUGAUCCCCGUCAUGGUGCGCGAGCGCCUCAGCCCGCCGCCCGAGGAGACGUACAGCCUCCACCGCAAGCUGAGCGGGGCGUUCCUGCUCUGCGCCCGCCUCGGCAGCCGGGUGCCGUGCCGCGAGCUGUUCGAGCAGGCGCUGAAGAAGACGGACGCGGCUCUGUGAGGGCGCGCGCACGCGUCGCGCGCCCGUUGUCUUGUACGCGUGUAGGAUCUACGAAUUUCGAAUUCCUGUAAGAGCAGUCGGGAGCGGCGAGCGGAACAUGAGGCAUUGUUUUGUGCGGAUAGACGGAGAAGGCGCACGUAGGUAUCUAACGGCGGGGAUAGCAUCGUGUUGUCUACUAUACCUAAUAGAUAGAAUAGACCGUAGGCAUUGCCGGCCCGCCCAUCCAAGUAGCCCGCGUAGCAAUAUAAACUCUCUUCACCACGAUCGUCGCCACUACUACCAUCCUCUCUCUCUCUCUCUCUCUCUCU